AUGGAUAUCAUCUCGGAGGCGCAUACACGAUUCCCUCAUUGGUCUCUCAGUGAGACAAGUCGUGUUGUUGAAUAUUGAAUAUCGAAGCCUCGGUUUGUUUGCAACGUCGAUCAAGGUCGCGUUACCCAGUGUCCCUAGAUCUUCCGCCAUUUCUCUCAUUUCCUCCCCUGACUUCGAGCUCUAUCAAAUCACUCUUUAGGUUAAAGUCCCAUCUAUAUCAUCGUACUGAUUUCAUAUUAUUUUCUCCUAGUCAAUCGGCCAUAUAUCGUACACUACGGGGAAACAUCACUGCUGAAAUGCAGGUCUAAAUUCUGUUUGAGAGUCUACUUCAAAGCAUUGAUAUUUAGGUUUGGCAGGAGGUCGCCGAAUUCAAGGAUAGCGGGCUACCUGCAACGCGCGCCCAGGUCUUUCCCCUGGCUUAGCCGAUUUCGUAGACAUAUAUUGUCCCUGAUUCAAAAUGGUUUGUACCCACUGCGUACACUCCUCCGGCCGUCGCGUCCCCCUCUACGUUGUAACCUACUCAUACAAAAAGACCCUAUCGAAAGAAAACAUACUAUGGUGCAAAGACUUUCGACGAUCCCACAAUUCAUGCGGUACCUCCUGUCUUCAGAAGAAACGAUUCUGAAAACCAUAUGGAAGAAACGGUAUAAAACUGCAAGCCCUGAAAAUCCCGUCCAUACCACCUUUCGAAAUUCUCCAUGUAUCUGCAGUUUUGGAUACAGGAUGUGGGCGAGCGGGGUCUAUAUCACUUGCUUUCGUCACCAACUUCAUCCACCUCGGCCUCCAUGCCAGACAGACUUCCAGGAACCAUCUUGGGGUGAUCAAUUGACUCCCAAAAUAUUCCUACUAAAACAGCAGGGUCAUCCGCAAGAGCCCGUUUCCGUGAAACGACUGUAUAGAGAGCCUUUUCAAUGUGGGGAGCUUGUAUAUUCUGUUCGUCAACAUCGACCACGCCUUCGGGCCGACAACGUUGAACGACUUGCAGUAACGAGGUUAAUGCACUGUCCUCGCCUUUUCGAAGUCUUCAAACCUGUUAUAAUUUUGGAUGUCGUCUCUGAGACGCGUACGUGCCUCAGUCGUCUCUCAAGUGAGACAAGUCGUGGUAUUGAAGGCCCGGCCUGUUCAUAAACAUGGGUCAAAGUCGCAUUCUCCAGCUUUCUCCCCUCCGCCAUUCUACGCAUUUCUCUCUUUAGCUCCGAGUCCGUGCUCUAUCAAGUCUUUAUCAGGUCAAAGUCUCAUCGACUGCAUAUCAUCGCACUGGUUUGAUAUGAUUUGCCUCGUCAAUCAGCUGUACGUCGUACGGUACAGGGAAUUCUUACUGUCGAGGCCUCUAUUUCGUCCAAAUGACUACUGUCAAGGUGGGCCAUGCGACAUGAUCACACACAGAGAAUCAUCUCUCAGGGUUUUUUCCCCGCUUCAGCCCAUUUAUUUCCUUUGAUGCUCU